GCUUCCCUUCCCUUGUCUUUCUAUAUCCAUCUAUCUAUAUCUAGAGAGGUAUAUAUAUAUACAUUGUGAAUAUAUAUGAUGGAUACACAAAAUGGAAAUCAUGGAGAGGUGAUGAAGGAAGUGGGAAAAAGAAAAGUGAGUAUGAGUGAGGUGGGGUUGAGGUUUUUGGCAUUUUCACUGACUCUGGUGGCUGCAGUUUUGGUUGGAGUUGACAAGCAGACCAAGAUUGUUGCCAUACCUGUGGUUUCAACUCUCCCUCCCCUGAAUGUCCCUCUUACUGCCAAGUUCCAUUACUUCUCUGCCUUUGUGUACUUCGUGGUGGUAAAUGCCAUAGCAUGUGCAUAUGCUAUCAUCUCCUUGGUUCUCACAUUGGCCUCAAAUAAGGGUGGAAACAAAGGAUGCUUGGCACUGAUGAUAACCACGCUCGACCUUGUGAUGCUGGCACUGCUCUCCUCCGCCAGCGGAGCCACCGGAGGCAUCGGUCUCAUCGGCAUCAGAGGCAACUCCCACGUGCAGUGGAAGAAGGUGUGCAAUGUGUUCGACAAGUUCUGCCACCAGCUGCUCGCCGGCUUCGUCCUCUCCGUGCUUGGCUCGGCUAUUUUUCUUCUUCUACUUGUGAUUUCUGCUCGAAAGCUCCAGAAGAAACAUUACUAAGGAUGUGUAUGGUUCGAGUUGGAUCAUAGUUGUCAAAGAAAAAAAGAACAUAUCCUGAAUAAUCUGUCUGAGUUUCUCUUUCCUGCUUAAGUUGUCAUUUGGCAAGGGUUCUGUACUAAACCAAUUAGUUGUGGUAAUCUAUAUUGUUGUGUUACUUGGGAAA